UAACCUCAAACUCAAGUCUCAAACCUGCUCAAAUACUGUGUGAUUUUCUUUUUUCUCAUUCUCGUCAUUUCUUGUAACAAUAAAUAUUAAUUCUUAAAUUCUUCCUUGACAAAUUUUCAAUGUAAGUAAAGUAUAAUUGUAUCAUCAUAAUUGUGUUAAUGACAAUGGAUAAAGCAUUCAACGACCCAAGGUUUGGGCAUAUCAUGUCCGAUCCGAAAUUCAAGAAACCACCCGCUUUCCAGAGAAAGGUGAAGAUCGACAAUAGAUUUCAGCGUAUGUUCAACGAUAAAAACUUCCAAGUCAAGUACACUGUUGACAAGAGGGGGAAGCCUGUCAAUCAGUCUUCCGUUGAGAACUAUGGCAAAUUUUAUGCUCUCUCUGAUGAGGAAGAUAGUGACAGUGAUGACGAAAGUUUAAAUGAAGACAGAGAUUUUGCAUCUGAUAGCUCAUUGGGAGAGCGGAGUAAAGUGAAUGCAAAGAAAACGUCAAAAGCGAAGUCUGAUUUGGGAAAGAAUAGGACAGUUUUGGUGAAAAGUAAAAAGAAUUUGGAAAAAGUUAAAGGUUUUGAGGUGGAUAAUGUGAAACACCAAAAGAAUAAAUUGAAACCAAAGAAGGGUUCUAAAGUUGGAAAUGAAAUCCAAGAGGAGACCAAUGAUGAUGAUGAUGAUGAUGAUGAUGAUGAUGAUGAUGAUGAAGAAGAAGAAGAAGAAGAGGACGAUACGGGGGAGGAAGAGGAUGACGAAAGUGACGAAGAAACUGAUGAAAGCGAAGAUGAUAUCCCAAAAGAAGUGAAAGAGGAAGCAUUGAAAAAAGUUAGUCAAAAGAGAAAACUCCCUCAAGAAAUUAAGGAUAAACUUCAUGAUUUAUCAGUUGAUUAUGCGAGAGGAAUGGGUGUCUUAUCAGAUAGCAGUUCUUCGGAUGAUUCCAGUGAAGAACUUUCUGCAGAGGAAGAAGACGAUUUAGAACACGAUUGGGGCGAGCUAGACAAAGAUGCCGAUAGAACGGAUUCGGCCACCAAGAGACUGGCCAUUUGCAACAUGGACUGGGACAGAAUUCGAGCUGUCGACCUCAUGGUGUUGUGCUCUUCGUUCUUGCCUUCCGGUGGAGUCAUCGAGUCAGUCUCCAUCUUCGUAUCAGAAUUUGGUCGAAAAAGAAUGGAAGAAGAAGAGGUUAGAGGCCCGAUCGAGAUAGUUGAACAGAAAAAAGUGGAAACUGAAAUCGAUCUUGAGGACAGAGAAGAGGAUGACGAGGAAGGUGACAAGUACCAGAUGGAGCAGCUGAGAAAGUACCAGCUGCUGAGAUUGAAGUACUUCUAUGCAAUAGUUGUGUGUGACUCGCUGGACACGGCUGCCACGUUGUAUGAAGAGUGCGACGGACUCGAAUACGAGAGCAGUGCAACCCGCCUCGACCUCAGAUUUGUGCCUGAUGACGUCUCGUUCGAUGAGAAACCUAGAGAUGUUUGCACCAAGUUGCCUGAUAUCAGUAAAUAUCAGCCAAGGGUGUUCUUGAAUACAGCCUUACAGCAAGGCAAGGUUGAGUGCACCUGGGAUGAAACUGAUCCGGAAAGAGUUAAAUUGGCGCAGAAGCUGCAUCAAAUGAAAGGUGAUGACACGAUUGACGACAAGGAACUGAAAAUGUUUCUGGCGUCUUCUGAGGAAGAGGAUGAUGAAAAUGAAGAGGAUCAACCUGCCAAAGAGAACGUCACCAAUGAUGAUGACAAAAGCAGAGACGGUUCAGACAGCGAAGAAAGCAAUGACAGUGACAACGAAGAUGGGGUGAAGAAGAACGCAAUCGAUAAAUACAGAAAUUUGUUGGCGAAGAUACAAGAAGAAGAUGAGAAGAAGAAGAAUCGCGAUGUGGAAAUGGAAAUCACGUGGGGUGUGGGACUCAAAGAAAAGGCGCAGAAAAUGGUUGAUAAAAAGUUGAAAGAGAACGUUCCGAUGACACCGUUCGAGAAGAUGAUUGAGAAGAAGAGGGAGAAGAAGAAAUUGAAGAAGAAGGAGAGGACGAAGAAGAAUGGGGAAGACCCGGCAAAUGAUGAUGACAGCGUUGAGGCGUCUUCAGAUGAUGAGGAUGACAUUCCCGAUGGAAUCGAUAUGAACGAUGAAUACUUUAGAGAGGAACUCGAAGGAUUCGGGCCGAAAAAAUCUAAAAACAAGGGUAAAAGCAAAAAGAACAAACACAAAAGUGACUCUGAUAACAGUGAAGACGAUGAAGAGGCGUCAAGAAAUGCCAGGGAACUUGAACUACUGUUCAUGAAUGAAAACGGCGAAGAUACAAAGAAAAAACAUUUCAAUUUGAAAAAGAUUAUGGAGAAUGAGGAUGACUCAAAGAAAAAGAAAAAGAGGAAAGGAAGAAAACAGCUUAUCAAAAACAAGAAGAAAGAAAAAGAGGAAGUGGCUGCACCAUAUGAUGAUGAUUUUAAGAUAAACGUGGCCGAUGAAAGAUUCAGUGCCCUGUACUCAUCACAUCACUUCAACAUUGACCCAGCCGACGCCCAUUUCAAGAAGACUAAAGGAAUGGAAGCAUUCAUUCACGAAAAGCUCAGUAGAAAGGAUAAAAAUAGCACUAAUGAUUCCACUUCUUUGGGUAAAAAGAAGAAUAUUGAAAGUGUCAAACCAUCACCUGAUAACGGAUUGCAUCCACCCAAAAAAUCGAAGCUGGAAAGUACGAAUGAUCUAUCACAAAUUGUCAAUUCAAUCAAAAGGAAUACGCAAUUUUCAAAAACUAAAUCAAAGAGAUCGAAUUCUACUUAUGAUGCAUGAUUUUGAACCGCCUUG